UUUGUUCUUCUUGCACUGUGUUCUUGCAUGUGUGAAUAUAAUAUUGAACAUGUGUGUAUAGAUUGAAACAUAAAUACAAACGCGUUUCGCCUCUAUUGAACUACUUUGUACAUCGUAUAUUUACUCCAUUUGUGUUUCUUUUAAAUAAAUUUACCAAAUCUAAGAUUAUAUACAAACUAAAAUGGCUCUCUGUGCUUGCAAAUGCUUAAACGUUAUAUUACAAAGUGAUAAAAUGGAAGAAAUCACCGAUAUCGAAAGACUGGAGUUAUCACCGACGGAACAAAGAGACAUUUUUUUCAGUGAGAAAUUAAUCUCCUGUCCCUUGAGUAUAUUGAGGAAUACUGUUGUUCAACCAGCACUUGUUGGGGAUCGUGUUGUCGGACGAUGGACUGUAGAGUCAUGUUUAGCUUGUGGACAGACAACUUUUGCCAAACUACAAGAAAAAGAUAUAGCACUUAUCAAUAAGUCUAUACAGACUACACAAGAAAACAUUAUCAACCUUAAGAAAGCAACUAACUUCUCUCCAGUUUUUAACCUACUCGUCCCGGAUUUAUCAAAUGAUGCUGACAUGAAAGAAAAUAUAGAUACAAACAAUCAGGUCAUAGGUACAAAGAACGACUUAUUGUCAAUGGCAGCAAUUGGGUUGAGAAAGCAGUUAAAUCAGAAUCUACAGUCACAAUUAGAAGCAAUAGAAGAAGCUGUGAGACAGUAUAAGGAACAGAAAUAUGCAGAAUAUGAAGCUUAUAGAGAAAGAGCACAAAGAGAUCAUAAAAUUUUAUCUAGUAUUAUAAGCAAAACAAGAAACAGUGCAGAUAGCGAUGGUUGGAUAAACAACAACAGUGUGGACAACGGCCCGCCGUCCCCCCUCGCGCCGCCUCUGCAGAGACGGAGACUGUCUUCCCUUAAAGAUGCUAAGAAGUUUACACACAAUGUUGUUAAGACAAAUGCACAGAUUCCUCAUGAGGAGGAUUCCUUGGAUGCAGAAGAUAUAUUCGACUUAGAGGGCAUGGAUUCACGAAACAUGGCCUCUGAUUUUGACGACUAUGAUUCCGAUCCGGAGGGCAGCAACGACGAGGGCAUCCACAUAGCGCGCGGGCGCGGCGCGGCGGCCGACGUCGCGCGCUCGCUGCCCGUCAGCGUGCCCGCCUACCCGCACCACGCCGCGCACGCUGAACUCGAUGAUUUUGAGGAGACUCAGGACAUAGCGGCGAGCAUCAAAGCGCUGGCCCGCUCGGUGCACGGCGACGUGUUCGAGCUGCCCCGGCCGCGCUUCUCCACACAGAUCUAGCGCCACAGCGUACGUAUAAGCGGCCCUAUGUCGCCACCGUCUCUUCUGUGACGCCGACACGAUCGCGGACUUAUUCAUUAAUAUUAUUAUUCUAGACAGGGUGACGCUCAAAUCACGCUCAAAAUUAUUAGCUGGGUGUAGACAGUACAAAGUGAUAAGACUUUUAAAUGAUCUCAAAUAGACGAAACGUUAUAUAUACAUUUCACGACCGCCGCGGUCGUCUUCGCGUCACCUCUUAGUGUAAGGACCUGCUCCUAAAUCAAAGUCAAUAUCGUGUUGUGUAUAUCGUAGUGUUACAGUGUGCUUGAGUUGUGGUAUACAUUGGUGCUUUCGAUAUGUGAUCUGUGACCCUAACCCAUACAAUAUACCUACUGUUAAGCUUGCGUGAGAUGAAGCAUUUAUGCCUAAGAUUGCGAAACCGACCUUUAAAACAUCUGUUUCUUCCAAUAGCCAAUUCUUAUAAUGUAAAAUAAUUAUUUCAUCCAACAGAAAGUUGUACUGUGACAUCUAUAUCCUAGAAGUUAAAUCAAAAUUCAGUUGUUCUUGCGGUUAAAAUAAUUGUUUUGUGUUAUAUGAUGGCGUGAUAGUGUGGCACAAACACUUACCUUAUAACAAAUAAUGUUUCGUAGUCUUAUGAAGAAGUAUGAAGGUAUAUGAGAAAAUAUAUAUGACGAGUGAUGUGACAAUAGUAAUAUCGAUUUGCACAUAUUAACGCCAUGUAGUAAGUCAAGUAUCUAAAAUCGGUUAGUUAAGUUUUAUGAUCAUUUUUAUGUAAAUAAAAACUUUUUUUUUAUAAUUUUUGACAAAAUAAAGAGUUUUAUACUUUAUAAAAAAUAAGACUUGAAAAUCAAAGGGCAUGCACUAAUAGAAAUGUAGUAUAUAAGCAAGAGGCUAUGAAAUGUUGUUAUUGUCUGAUUUAUUUACUCAUACUACCAAAAAGAUUUGUUACAUCAUACAUAAUCAUAUUGAGUACAAUGUUAUAGUGAAAGUGUAGUUAUUGCAAAAUUAAACUACAUUUUGUUCCAAAUAAUAAAAAUACAAUACUAUAAUUUUAUUUAUCAUCUAAACUAAAUACAAAGUAGUUUAUAUAUUCGCGUUAUCAUUGCAUAUUUUGAAAAUACACGUAUCAUUUAAUAUUAAAACAAUAAAAAUUGAUAAAGAAUGUACAAUUAAAAACAUUUAAUAUUAAUCAUAGUUAGAUAAAAUAGGCAGCAUAAUAAUUAAGUUGAGAGUCAAACUAAUGUGGUUUAAUUUUGUAGCUUUGAUUGUAAUGUUCGUAACGUUUAUUAAACAUAUUGUAUCGUAUGUUAACUAACAUCUAAGUCAUAUCUCUGUUAACGAUCACUUCAGAGUUUUCUAUUAGUUAUAAUAUUAUCGUCGUGUUAUUCUAAUGAUAAGUCGAAAUUGUACAAAAAUGUUAAUUACUUUCAUUUACUAGUCUUUUAGGGUCACGAAAAUCAUUAUUAAAUUUGUAUUCAUGUUUUCAAAUGGUUUAAUUCAUGAAAUUGUAUAUAGAUUCCCCUCCCUACGCGCUACGUACCGUAAGGGAUUGUAAAAUUUAAUAUACCCAAUAUUUUUAUAUCCACAUUUUUGAAUGUUAUUCGAACAGCUGGACCUGGAAGGAGUGGGAUAAGUAAAGAGAUGAUGUAUUUUACGUGUAAGAAUUCUAUUUCUUUGAUACAAAGGUGUAAUUUUAAGAGUUAAUUCUUUAGAGUCAAAAGUCCACGUCUAUCAGUGUCUUCCAAUAGCACUGUUUUUAUAAGUUUUACUUGUGUUUUUACUAUUGUGAUGUCGAAUUCAGUCAGUUGUUUAUUUUACUUUACUUAUUAUAUUAUGUUUUUCUGGUGUGACGACAAUGCGAAGGACGUUGAUUGUAUUGAAUAUUAGUGAUUUAUGUAAUAAAAGAGAAAGAUAUAA